AAAGAAAUUAAUCAUGCUUUGAUCUCAACAAAAUUGUGAGGCUAGUCAACACAGUCACUUUCUCACUAAGUAUAUUGACUGAAAAUGAAAAUGAAAAUGAAAAUAAAGCAUAGUCAUCAUUAAAUCUAAAUGAUACCCUUCUAAUCUAUCUGUGAUAACUUUGAUCCUUCAUCACAGCCACAAAACAUGGCAACACUAUGACCAAGUCACUUAUAAGUGUCUCCAUGAACAACCUCACUCUCAUAGUCAUUGUAGGCUCCAUUUCUUUGGCCCUUAGUUUUUGUAUUUAAAGAGCAAACAAAGAUCUCACACCUUUCUUUUCCUCACUUUUCAACCAAACCAUAUAUAAAUAAAUAAAUAAGUACACUAAUUUGGUUGUGAUUAGUGAAUUGAUGGCAGUCCAAAGAAUUGCAAUUGGGUCUCCUGGAGAGGCUGCUCAGCCUGAUGCAAUUAGAGCAGCAUUUGCAGAAUUCUUCUCAUUGCUUAUUUUUGUUUUUGCUGGUGAUGGCUCUGGCAUGGCUUAUAAUAAACUAACAAACAAUGGACCAGCAACACCAUCUGGCCUGGUAGCUGCAUCAUUGUCCCAUGCAUUUGGUCUUAUUGCGGCUGUCUCUGUUGGUGCAAACGUUUCUGGUGACCAUGUGAACCCUGUUACUUUUGGUAACUUCAUUGGAGGAAACAUAACCCUUUUGAGGAGCAUUUUGUAUUGGAUUGCACAGUUGCUUGGUUCAGUUCUUGCUUGCAUUCUUCUCAAGUUUGCUGCUGGAGGAAUGGAAACAACAGGUUUCUCAUUAUCCUCUAGUGUGUCAGAAUGGAAUGCAUUGGUGUUUGAAAUAGUGAUGACAUUUGGGUUAGUGUACACAGUUUAUGGCACAGCAGUGGAUCCAAAGAAAGGAAAUGUGGGAAUUGUAGCCCCAAUUGCAAUUGGAUUCAUUGUGGGUGCAAACAUCUUAGUAGGUGAUGCAUUUGAUGGUGCAUUAAUGAAUCCAGCAGUGUCAUUUGGUCCUGCUGUUGUUAAUUGGUCAUGGACUCAUCAUUGGGUGUAUUGGGUUGGCCCCUCCAUUGGUGCUGCCAUUGCUGCCAUUAUGUAUGAUAAUAUCUUCAUUGGUGAUGGUCAGGAACCCCUUUCAAGCAGUGACUACUAGGGGAAACAAUUCUUUUCUUUGUAUUUACAUAAUGAGUAGUGAAUAAAAUUGAUGUAACAGAGAUUAACAAGGAAACCUUUUACUUUGUGAAUGUGGAUGUGCUUUAUC